AUGGGAGACGCGACAGUUUCAUCCCAGCAGCCAUUGAAGGUGUUGGUGGUCGGGGCAGGAAUCGGAGGUCUCAGUGCCGCCCUCGGCCUACGUCAACAGGGACAUGAAGUGACGCUCUUUGAGAGAUCACAGCUUGCCCAGGAGACUGGCGCUGCCAUCCACCUGGCCCCGAACUGCCAUAGCAUCCUCAGGAGGUUCGGCGUCUUGCCCGAAGUCUUUGGUGCCAAUCCGGUCAAUGGCGUCACCGAAUACGAUGCCGAAGGCAAUUUGAAGUUCGACUUGGACUUGAGAAAGCCCUUGUCGAUAUGGCAACAUCCAUGGGUACUCUCUCACCGUGUCCGGCUCCACGAGGAGCUGAAGCGUAAAGCACUAUCCACGGAUGACGAGGGGACGCCUGCCGUGCUCAAGACCUCGAGUGUCGUAACGGCCGUCGAUACUGAUACUGGAACCGUCACACUCGAAGACGGCUCGUCAUUCUCGGGAGACUUGGUGUUGGGGGCAGACGGAGUUAGCUCCAUCACACGCAGCAUCGUUGCCGGACCAGAUAUCAAGCCUUUUGGUUCGGGCAAGAGCGCAUUUAGAUUCCUCGUUCCCAUCGACCAGAUCCGUGAUAAUCCGGUAACCGAAGCCCUGGGGAAACGUGAAGGAUACAUGACCAUGUGGAUGGGCAACGACCGCCGACUCGUCAUGUACCCCUGCUCCGAUAACACCAUGAUGAACUUUGUUGGUAUCCACCCAAGCGAGCUCUCGGCUUCCAAGGGAGAAGGCUGGAGCCGCGGAGUUAGCAAGGACGUUCUCAUCAAUGUGUUUGGCGGCUUCGGGACAACGGUACGGGCCCUCUUAGAGAUGGCCGAUGUCAAUGCGCUCAAGGUGUGGACUCUGCUGGAUAUGAACAGAAUUCCUACCUGGUACAAGGGGCGGUUGGCGCUGCUGGGAGACGCAGCGCACCCCUUCUUGCCGCACCAGGGUCAGGGAGGAGGAAUUGCCAUCGAGGAUGCAGCGUCCCUAUCGGCUCUUCUACCUCGAGGCACAACCGUCGACAAAAUUCCCGAGCGGUUGGCGCUCUACGAAAAGGUCCGCGACGAACGAGCGCACAAAGUUCAGGCCCUAACCAGGAUAGCGGGAACGGAUCUCAACGAUGAGAACCGCGAGAAGUUCAACAUCAUGGAGUUCAUGCACUACAACUUCGGACACGACGAGUGGCACAACUCAACCCGUGCUUUGAAGGAGAACCUCUGGUACCUCAACGGCACCGGAAUUCGCCGGCGUGUACCACUAUCCUUUGGGCCAAUGCCCAGUCCUCGACAGGACCAUUUCGGCCGACCGAUCCCUGCUCACGACUCAGGCUUCACGACGUACUCGGUCCGCUUCCGGACUUCGGCAACCUACCUCAAGACGUGGUUCCCCACCCCCGAGUUCAGCUUCUCCUCGCCCGGCACUGUGGCUGAGGCCAGUUUCCGAUGCACUGAGCUGCGGGAUAUGAAGUGGCUCGGUGGUGGCGGGUACAAGUAUCUCGGUCUCUGGAUCCACGGGGUGCAGUACACGCGCAAGGAUGGAAGCAAGAUCCAUGGCUCGUUCUUGGUGGUCUUGCUGGAGUCGUUGGCCGAUCCCAUCAUCACUGGGCGUGACGAGCUUGGAAUGCCGAAGGUGUUCAGCGACAUCGACAUCAAGAAGGGAGACGCGGAGGGUUCGGUCAACAUUGAGUGCAGCUGGAGAGGACAGAGCUUUUUGCGCUUCCACCUUGAUGAUCUGCAGGAGGGCGCCGCUGACGAACCCGAACCCGAGCCCCAAGGCCCCAUCAACCCCCACGCUCCUCCCAAGCCCAAGGACGAAGGGACCAUGUUCUACCGCUAUGUUCCGGCGGUUGGCAAGCCCGGUGAGGCCGACGCGGCGUACGCUGUCCUGAUCCGCGAGGGCAAGGAGUCGGCCACACCACGAGUCGUGCAGAGAACCUGCCGUAACCAGAGCAGCCGGCUUGAGUUCACGGAAGGGAACUGGGACAACCUGCCAACGCUUCAUAAUAUCGCGGCCGGGUUUGCGGAGAUUCCGGUUUACGGCAUUGUUGAAGCGAAGACGGAGGAGGGCACCGGGGUGGAUGACUUGGCGAAUGCGGAAAGGAUCGAGUAG